AUGAAUCCUUUAAAGUGUGCAUUUGGAGUAACAGCUGGAAGAUUCUUGGGUUUUAUGGUUCACAAAAAAGGUAUAGAUGUUGAUCCUGCAAAAAUAAAAGCUAUUCAAUCCAUGCCAUCUUCGGUGAAUCAAAAACAACUCAAAAGCUUGUUGAGAAAAGUCUAUUAUAUUAGGAGAUUCAUUCCAGCUUUAGGAGAAAUCAUUGUGCCUUUUCAAGCCUUGCUUAAGAAAGGUGUUCCAUUCAUAUGGGGUGAACCACAACAACAAGCAUUUGAGAAGAUUAAAAAGAUUCUUACUUCUCCUGCAACGAUGAUCAUGCCUAUCAAAGGAAAGCUAAUGAUGUUGUAUUUGACUUCUACUCCAUACUCAUAUGGUGCCUUACUUGUACAGGAAAUGGAUGGAGAAGAAAAACCUGUGUACUACCUUAGUAGAUGCUUACACGAAAGUGAGUUGAAUUAUCCACCUAUGGAAAAGUACUGUCUUGCUUUAGUCUAUGCAACUCAAAAGCUUCGGCACUAUUUCUUGGCACACAAGCUCAUAAUCGUGACAACGUCAGAUCCCAUCAAGUUCUUACUUUCUAAACCAAUUCUAUCUGAAAAAGUAGUAAAGUGGUUUCUUUUAUUAGGAGAAUUUGAUGUAUCAGUUGUUCAGCCAAAAGCUAUCAAAUCUCAUGCACUUUCAGAUUUGUUAGCACAUUUUUCAUCUCAUUUUGAAGAGGUUAUUCCUGAUGCCAUUUCAGCUGAAUUUCAUGAAGAAGUGUGCGCAGUAAAUAUAAAAGAAGGGGAGUGGAGUUUAUACUUUGAUGGUUCUUCAAACAGUUUUGGAGGAGGUGCCGGAAUAGUUCUUAUUCCUUCAGGUAGAGAAGAUAACUCCGCGGUACAAAGUUCUGAAUUAGUUGUCUCUCAUUUGAGUAGAGGCCACAUCUCUUUGGAGGGAAAAGGUCUUCGUGUCCUGGAAACACCAAGUGAAUAUGCGAAUUUCUUGAUUUCAUGUUUAGAGUUAAACUCUUUUGAGUCAAGCAGAGAACCUAUCUCGUUAGCUUUCAAGCUAGAUUUCCCAUGCACAAACAAUCAAGCUGAGUAUGAAGCACUAGUUUUGAGGUUGUAUGCGACAGUAACGAUUGGAAUAAGCAAUCUUUGCAUCCAUGGGGAUUCUAAUCUUAUUAUAAAGCAGACUAAUGGUGAGUUUUCUUUGAAAGAACCAAUACUUGCUUCUUACAGGACUCUUGUUCAGUCUUUGUUAGAGAAAUUUCAAACGGUGAGAUGUGAACAUACUCCGAGAACAACGAACCGUUAUGCAGAUGCCCUUGCUAUUUUGGCUUUUAAAAUCCAUAUUCUGGAGAAAAAACGAAGUAUUCCUAUAGCUGUACUCAAGAGGACCAUCUCAUGUCCAUCUAGUGAGCUAUUACGACCUCCAAUUUAUGAGGAAGAAGAUUGGCGAAAACCCAUCAUAGAAGAGCUGCUUAACCCUGGUUCUACUGCUAUUCCGCGCUUAAAGCACUAUAUUUUGAUUCAUGGUACACUUUACCACAAAGGAAGUAAUGGAGUUCUAGCAAGAUGCAUUUCUGAGAAAAAGGUAAAAGAAAGAUUGAGAAUAGCCCAUGAACAAUGGUGUGGGGAGAAAAGACCAUCUUUACAUUGCUUACUCCAAAGGGCAGGAUAUUUUUAG